AUGCCUCACCCGGAAGCAAAAGAAAUUAUAAAGCGGUGGUUGCCGGUUGACAUUUAUAUCGGCGGCCAAGAGCAUGCUAACUUACAUUUAUUAUAUGCUCGCUUUUGGCAUAAAAUUCUCCAUAAUAUGGGAGUGGUUUCCCAGCCUGAACCUUUUCAAAAAUUUAUUUGUCAAGGCAUGAUUUUAGGAGCCGAUGGGGAAAAAAUGUCUAAAUCGCGAGGGAAUGUAGUUAAUCCGAAUGAAUUUGUUGAAAAAUUUGGAGCGGAUGCUUUGCGACUUUACGAAGUCUUUUUAGGACCGCCGGAAAAAACAACCAAAUUUGACCCUAAUGGGGUGUGGGCCAUGAAAAAAUGA